AGCCGAAGAUGUUGGCUCGGUCAUGUGAUCAGCUGUGUCCAAUCACAGCUGAUCACAUGGGACCUCUACACUGAUCAUCAGUGUAGCCCCAACAGUGCCACCUGUCAGUGUCCAUCAGUGCCAGCUGUCAGUGCUCAUCAGUGCCACGUGCCAGUGCCCAUCAGUGCCAAAUCAAGGCCACAUAUCAGUGCCUAACAGUGCACAUCAAUGCCACAUAUCAGUGCCCAUCUGAGCUGCCUUUCAGUGUCACCCAUCAGUGCCAGUCAGUGCCACCUAUCAGUGUUGCCAAUCAGUGCCACCUAUCAGUGCCAGUCAGAGCAGGCCUAUCAGUGUGCAUCAGUGCAGCCUAUCAGUGCCCGUCAGUGCCGCCUAUCAGUGCCAGUCAGUGCCGCCUAUCAGUUCCAUAUAUCAGUGCCAUAUAUCAGUGCUGCCUUUCAG